AUGAGUGGUUCUUUGCCAGAUCUGUGUCCCCCACGUUCAUCCCUCCGUGCGGCCGUCCAAUCUGGUUUCCUCGCCGCGCGCCGAAAUGAAGUCCGCACGAGCAGCGCAGUUGACGGCGGGGAAGGCGCUGGUGGUGGUGGGGUCGGCGAACGCGGACGUGGUACGUGGAGGUGGCGCGCAUGCCGCUGGCGGGGCGAGACGGUCAGCGCCACCUCGGGCUGCACGUUGCCCGGCGGCAAGGGCGCCAACCAGGCCGCGGCGGGCGCCCGCCUGGGACAUCCCACGUACCUCAUCGGACAGGUGGGCAGCGACGCCAACGGCGCGAUGCUGUCGGCAGCGCUGGCAGGCACGGGCGUGCGCGUGGACCACCUGGUCACGCUAGGCGCGCCCGCGCCCGCCUCUUCCUCCGCCGCCAUGACCCACCGCACAGGCGGAGGCAGAGGCAGCAGCUGCAGCCCAGAGAGCGGCGUCGGCGGCAGCACGGGCCGCCGCAGAGGCAGCGGCAGCAGCAGAUGGACAGAGCGAGGCUGCUGCAAGGGGGGGCGGGCCGCUGCCGCUGCUUCUGCUGCGACUGCGGCUGCUAACAUGGCAGGGGGCGGUGGAGAAGGGAGUGUGGCAACAGGGCAGGCGAUAGUGAUGCUGCAGGCGGACGGCAGCAACGCCAUCAUCAUUGUGGGCGGGGCGAACAUGGCGUGGAGCAAGAGGCGCGUGGAGGGCAGGGGUGGGGGGCGCAGGGAGUCGUUCUUCAGCGAGCAGGCGAGGGAGGCGAUCCGCGGGGCGGGCAUGGUGCUGCUGCAGAGGGAGCUGCCGGACGACGUCAAUGCUGAAGCCGCGGAGCUGGCAGGGGCAGCGGGAGUGCCAGUGGUGCUGGACAUGGGGGGCAUGGACGGGCCUCUACCAGACGCCAUGGUGCGGCGCGUGGCAGUGAUGAGCCCCAACGAGACGGAGCUGUCUCGCCUCACAGGCCUGCCCGUCUCCUCCAUCCCCGACGCCGAGAGGGCUGCGCUCACCUUGCUGGCCAAGGGAGUGCCCAAGGUGCUGGUGAAGCUGGGCAGCAGUGGCUCCUUGCUCGUGUCCUCCUCCCCUCUCGCACCCGCCUCCUCCUCCUCGCCCCUCUCUGCCACUCUCACCACGGGUACGGAUGGCUCGGGGCGGUCAUGUGUGGCAGCUGCGGCAGCCAGUGGUGCCGGCGCGCACAGUGGUGGACACAACAGGGGCCGGCGAUACCUUCAACCGCUGCAUAUGCCGUGGCACUGCUGUCCGGCUCCUCCGAUGCUGAUGCGCUGCUAUUCGCCUGUGAGUCCAUCCAAGGGUGGUCGGAUUGUGGGGGGUGCGGGGGGAGGAAAGGUGUAG